AGUUAGUAUAAAAAGGAUACCGAAUUCCAAAGACCAAAAUCAUCUGCGUCCCUUCUCUCCAAAAAACAGAAAAUUCAGUGUUUAACGGUUAUCCGAUCCAAACUGAACUCCUUAGUAAUACUGUUUGAAUAUAUCAGUGUUUUACAUUUGUCCUGUUCGUAAUUCUGAGCUUGCUAAGAAAGUAUGUAAGACAUUUUUUCUUACAUUCUUCCAUUUUCCAGUUUUCUCUAUCGACAAUGUUGUGUUAAUUCAGUGAAAUAAAUACGAAUACCGGAGAGGGAAACUUGUUUCUUUAUUGUAAAUGGAGUGCAGAGAGAGGUAGUCCUGUUUUGAUGUAUUUUGUUGAUCUGUUGAAAAUUUGGAGAAGUUUGUAAUCUUAGAUGAUGUUGGUAACUGCUGCUACAGGUGCAUUUUUCUCUGUUGCAAAUCAUUCACCUGAAUCACGAGGAGUCAAUUCUAAGAAGUCUUCUUUUGGUAGCUUACAAGUUAACUCCAAUUCUCCUCGGAGGACAGUUCUGAAUCAGUUACCUGAUUGGAGCACUGCCAUCACUACAGCUUCUUUGGCGCAACGGAUGAUGCUUGAUUGGAAGCACAAGCACAAUGACACUUUUGGACUGGGAAAGCUCAUCCAAGAUGGCUUUGUUUUUCGUCAAAGUUUCAUCAUCAGGUCUUAUGAAGUAGGACCUGAUAGGGCCGCAUCUAUACAAACCAUGAUGAAUCAUUUGCAGGAAACCGCUCUAAGCCACGCAAAGUGUAUAGUACUCAUGGAUGCUGGAUUUGGUUCAACUCCAGAAAUGUCCAAGAGAAAUUUGAUUUGGGUUGUAGCAAAGAUGCAGGUUUUGGUGGAUCGCUAUCCUACUUGGGGCGAUGUUGUUCAAAUAGACACUUGGGUAACUGCUUCAGGGAAGAAUGGUAUGCGGCGUGAUUGGCUUGUCUGUGAUAGUAAUACUGGGGAUAUAUUGAUGAGAGCUUCCAGCUUAUGGGUGAUGAUGAAUAAAGAAACGAGGAAAUUAUCUAAAAUGCCAGAUAAGGUUCGAACUGAAAUUGAAGGUGUUUUUGUGGAUUCGCCUCCGCUUCUUGAUGGGGACAGCAGGAAGUUACCAAAACUUGAUGAGACGACAGCAGACAACACUCGUACUGGUUUAUCUCCAGGAUGGAGCGAUUUAGAUGUGAACCAGCACGUUAAUAAUGUCAAGUACAUUGGCUGGAUUCUUGAGAUUUUGGGACAAUGUGUUUUGUUGCAGAGCGUACCCAUUCAAAUACUGGAGGGUUAUGAGCUUGCUGGGAUGACAUUGGAGUACCGACGGGAGUGCAGAAGGGAGAGUGUGCUGCAAGCUCUCACUUCCGUACUGCAAAAUGCAGAUAGUGAUUUGGCCAACUCCAGCAACGUUGAGUGUCAGCAUUUGCUUAGACUGGAGAGCGGUGAAGAUGUUGUGAAGGGAAUGACUGAAUGGAGGCCGAGAUUUGCCAACAGAAUCAACAACAAUGGGCAAUUCCCAGAAGUUAUGUAGUAUUACUAUCACAAAAGUUCAGCAAGCAGUAGGCAUCCUUCACCUUAUGGGGCUUUGGAUGCCUCUACCUGAAUCUAAAAGGACUUGCGGGAAGCAGUGUUUUAAGAGGCGGGGGUGUAACGCGAGGCGGUUUACGCAGUACGGGGCGAGGCGUAAGUCUCGAGACACGGGGUGUAAGUCUCAUGGAUCUACGGGGUGUAUGUCACAUGUAUCUUCAAUUUUAUAAUUUUAUUACUAAAAAAUAAGCAAAGGUAAAGUUUUCACUAGAAUUCUGUAAUAAAUUACCAAUAAUAUAAAAAGAAUUAUUAUAAAUAUUAUUUGAGAAAGGUACCAACACAAAAAAUGUUAAUAGCCUAGAUAAUCUUUAAAAUGAAAUCUUCAUUUACCUCAUCAUCAAUCUCCGGAUCUAUUACUCCUUACUGACCUCAACUAAUAUUUGCACUGACUUUUCUUUAUACAUUCAAAGAAGGAGAAUGGCAAAAAGUGUAAGAGCAAUGAAAAUCUCUGUCAUAUCAGUUUCAGACAC